GCGAGGGCAAGACGCACGCGAGGAACCCUGCACGGAGGCACGCGCUCCAGUCUCUCACCCAGGCCGGUCUACGCACGUUUAUUAAGGUCUCUUCGCAAAACACUAAAUUAGAGAAGUGUUCGUAAACGUUAAUGCGCGCAGUGGGAACGUAAAGAGGGACUGAAUAGGACCAAGAGGCCAAGUCCAUUCCCUGCAACUGUUCUCAACAGCCACAGAGAAAAAGUGUGUUGACAAGGAUUCGGGUAGAGUGUGCGUGUACUCUCUACACAAAAACAACGGAGAGGACAUAGGAUACGUUAAGUUUCCACCGAACUGCAUCUUGUUUAGUCCUUAUUUUUGGAAGAGAAAAUGAAUGCCGGGGAAGAGAACCUGCUGAAAUCUAUCAGCAACGACACCCUACUGGACCUGACGCAGCGCUACGGUCAGUCCGCUUUCGGCUUCGGACCUGGCCAGGUAAAUGGAAGUGCUGGAGGGCGCUACCCUCUAACACCGGCGGCCGACUUCCUCUCUGGCCAGACCGGCAAGUCGAACGAGAGCGGAGGGGAGCAGACCAGCGAUGACGACGACGGCUUUGACCCUCUGGACCCCCGAAAGAGAGGCUCGGGCUUCGACGAUGACAAACACGGUGGUCCCCUUUCCAAGAAGCCCAAGGAGCAGCGGUCGCUGCGCCUUAGCAUCAAUGCGCGCGAGAGGAGACGGAUGCACGACCUGAACGACGCACUGGAUGGCCUGCGCUCUGUGAUCCCGUAUGCACACAGCCCGUCGGUGAGAAAACUCUCCAAAAUAGCCACUCUCCUCCUGGCCAAGAACUAUAUACUCAUGCAGGCUCAGGCUCUGGAGGAGAUGAGGCGGCUGGUGGCUUAUCUUAACCAGGGACAGAGCAUCACCUCGCCUAUCCCCACCGCCCUUGCACCCUUUGGACAGGCGGCUGUAUAUCCCUUCACUGGCUCAGCACUCGCAACCUGCGCGGAGAAAUACUCGGGGACACCUGCGAGUCUCUUCAAGCACCAUAACGACAAGCCUUGAUAUCGUUAUUUGUAUAUACCUGAACUUAACCCAGUUCCAUCCAUGUUGAUCUCUAUCUCUUUCUUUCUCCCACUCUGUAGUUUUUUGAAUACAUUGGAAAAGGGACUAGGCUACUGCGUAAAGUCUAAUGCGUAAAUCCUAAGCUAUGUUUAAAUAACUGCUGCGAUGUUUCAUCCAGAUUUACCAAAAAAAACAUGAAAAACAACACUGGUGUUUACUAAUGCUAGAUUAAUGUUGGAGUUGGAACCGACCAAUCGCUGUUUAAACUUAAGUGUUUUCAUUUACCCAAAUGCUCUCAUUGGAGUUUAAGGAAUGUGAAUGAAUUGUUGUGACAAUGUCUAACCAUGUAUUGACAGUUCGACACGUGUGGCUAUAAAAACGGUAUCCUUUGCAAAGGAUUUAAACGAUCAGAAUUUCCUAUUUCUGUGUACUAUGCAACAUUCAGCUACACAUAAAAUAAGAAGAGAGCUGAGGAGAACACGUUCCUGAGUUCCACUUCGAUUAACAUUUGUUUCAGCACUGUCGUUUAUGAAUGAACUGUCCCUUAUUUUAAAAUAAUGCUAUGUGGGGAAACACUAGUGUAUGAUGUAAUAUAUUUUUAAAAAGAUGUAUUGAGGAUUUUGGUUUUGUUAUUGCACAAUUCACAUGAUUGUAGGCUAUUGUACAACUGUGGACAACUACUUGAUCAAAGUACUGCUAUUGUAGGCUAUUGGUUUUCAAAACAGCCUAGACAGACAAAGCAUUUGGUUGUGUUGCAACAGGAAUUUCAUAUAUUGUUUAUAUGUCUUUAUUAAUAAAACAUAUAUCUAUGCUC